AUGUCGGUCCCAAGCGCACUCAUGAAGCAGCCGCCCAUCCAGUCUACGGCUGGGGCCGUCCCAGUUCGCAACGAGAAAGAGGACUAUGUAACACCCAUAACUCUAAUUCCAGAGGAUCUGAACCACUUUUCUGACUUUCUCAAACACCAAUCGAUCCUAUGUGGGGUCACCCAGGUGGCACUGGUUUUGAAGAUUGUAGAAGAAGAGACCAAGAAAGAGCUAGAGGAGAACAAGCGGUCCCUUGCCGCCCUGGAUGCGCUCAACACUGACGAUGAAAAUGAUGAGGANGAGUACGAGGCGUGGAAAGUCCGCGAGCUCAAAAGAAUCAAGCGGGAGAGAGAAGACCGAGAAGCGCUUGAAAAGGAGAAAGCAGAAAUUGAACGCAUGAGAAACCUGACUGAGGAAGAAAGGCGGGCAGAACUUCGGGCAAAUGGCAAAGUCAUUACCAACAAAGCUGUUAAAGGCAAAUACAAGUUUCUACAGAAGUAUUAUCACCGAGGUGCCUUCUUCAUGGUAAGUGCAAGGNGGGUCAGACAACUNGNCGCUAGGAAUAACUUAGAGGCACCUCUAAGGUGCAUGUGCAGACUAAGAUGUGGGCAACUAAGUUACCAAACAGAAGCCCCAGUACACACUUUACCUAGCAGGUUACUGUUUUGUGUUGGGUCACAUUUGUAGCUGACCNAGAGUAAAUACCAU